GGGUUGGCAGUUCGUGGGCGAUCUGCGGCUGAAUGGAGUGACAAUAUCGAUGCGGAGGCCUACAAAAUCCAGAGGCUUUGGUCUGCUGGGCGCCGACGGUGGCGCGACACAAAAGCCUCACCGAAUGACAGGCUUCAGUCGCGCAAGAAGCUGUUUCAAUACUGGGAGCCUUCCACCCCGAAGUCCCAUGUUGAAAGGUGGCAAAUGGACAUUUGCCAUGACGGCCAUGACCAGUGUUCCCCGUCCAGCGACGGGGCAACUGAGUCCAGUGGUGAGACUGGGGCUAGCAGCGCAGACUCGAGUUUUGACCAGCUUGACCAGUUAAUGUUUAAUGGGUUCAUGACUGGCGUUCUUGCUGGGCCUGAUGCUCAGCCCAAUUCCUACGAUGAUGAAAUGGAUGAACGUCAACCCAAGGCUCCACAU